UUGGGCAGAUGAACCUUGUGAAAUGGAAUAUGGAUACAUUUGCAAAAGGAAACCUUUAAAACAAGCACCAGAAAAGGAUAUAAUUGAUGAAGGAUGCUCGAAAGUAUGAACAAGCUUUUCUGACCAGUUUGGUUGGCUUCAAGACUGAACCUUAUAUCUGGAUUGGUCUGUCCGACAUACAAGAAAAAGGAACAUUCAGGUGGACCAAUGGACAACCACUCCAAUUCACUCACUGGAAUUCAGAAAUGCCAGGUCGGAAGCCAGGCUGUGUUGCAAUGACAACUGGAAUUACAGCUGGAUUAUGGGAUCUUUUGAAAUGUGAGACCAGGGCAAAGUUUCUUUGUAAGCGCUUUGCUGAUGGCGUGACCCCUCCACCGAUAUCAACUACAACACCUGCCCCUCAGUGUCCUGAAGGCUGGGUAACAAGUGAAGAAAGGAAUAUGUGCUUCAAAGCUUUCUUAAACCAAGGCAAGAGGUCAUGGGCAGAUGCUCGGAGUUUCUGUUUAGCAAUUGGAGGAGACCUAGCUUCCAUUUUUAAUUCGAAAGAAUCCAGUAUGCUGCAGAAUUAUUUGCGGAACUCUGGAAUCACCAGUUUCAAUUACUGGCUUGGCUUAAAUUAUUUAAACCCACAGGAUGGGUUUAAAUGGAGUGAUGAUUCACCACUAGGUUAUGUCAAUUGGGGAUAUGGAGAACCUAAUAAUUAUAAUGGAAUUGAACACUGUGGAGAGUUCAAUGCAGAAAAUAUGUAUUGGAAUGAUGUACAUUGUGAGGAAAUAUUUUUCUGGAUCUGCCAGAUUACGAAAGGUGUGCAACUAAAGCCAGAACCAACAAAUUCACCCAUUCAAAAUUAUCCAUUUACUAGUGAUGGCUGGCUCGUAAAUGGAGACAAGCAGUAUUAUUUCAACACCAACAAAUUUCCAAUGGAACAAGCCCGUGCAUUUUGCAAAGCAAACUUUGGAGAUUUGCUUGUCAUUGAAGAUAACACUGAAAGAAAGUUUAUCUGGAAAUAUAUCCUACAAAAUGAACAGGUGAAUAGCUAUUUCAUUGGACUGCAACUGAGCCUUGAUAAAGUAACCAGCUGGAUGGAUGGAUCUCCUGUCCAAUAUGUUGCCUGGGCACCACAUGAACCUAACUUUGCAAACAAUGAUGAAAACUGUGUGGUUAUUUACAGGAAUACAGGACUUUGGAACGAUAUAAACUGUGGCUACCCAUGUUCUUUCAUAUGUGAAAGACAUAACAACUCAGUCAAUGCAACUGUUGCUCCCACACCACCUUCCAUUAAAGGAGGAUGCCCUGAAACUUGGCUUUUGUUUGAAAACAAGUGCUAUAAAUUUUUUGGACUUAAUCAAGAUGACCAAAAAAAUUGGAAAAAUGCACGGAAAGAUUGUCAGAAGGAAGAAUUUGGAGGAAAUCUGGUUUCAAUACUCAAUAAAAGGAUUCAAGCCUUUCUCACCUACCAUUUAUAUAACUUCCAAAGUGAUGUAUGGAUAGGACUAAAUGACAUCAAUGAGGAUCAAAUGUACCUCUGGACAAAUGGAAGAGCAGUCAGUUACACAAACUGGGAAAAAGGAUUCCCACUGAGCUAUGGACCAAACAGUGAAGAUUGUAUUGUAAUGAAAGCAUUGCCUUACAAAAGUGCUGGCUUAUGGAAAAAUAGUUAUUGCUACUAUAAGAAAGGGUACAUAUGUGAAACCAAUGUCCACCCCAAAUAUUCUUUUGUUCCAUCCACCACCCCAGAGCAACGUCUCCGUUAUCGAAAUAGCACCUACUUCGUCAUAGAAGCCAAAAUGACAUGGGAAGAAGCAAAAAAAAGUUGUGAAAGGAGAGACUCAAGUCUUGCUAGCAUUUUAGAUCCCUUUGGCCUCUCAUAUAUCUGGCUAAGAUUACUAAAACAAAAAAGGAUUGUAUGGCUUGGCCUCAACAGUAAUCUGACUAGUGGGCAAUACAUAUGGAUUGAUAAAUUCAGGCUGAAGUAUACUAAUUGGGCAGCAAAUGAACCAAAACAAAAAUUAGGCUGCGUUUUCAUGGACUUGGAUGGGACCUGGAAGACCGACUCAUGCAACAUAAAGUAUUUUCCUCUUUGCAAAUAUCCCAAAGUGUUUCCACCUACUUUACCACCUCAAGAACCAGGAAUCUGCCCAAUUGCAGUGGAGAAAUCUUGGAUUCCAUUCCGUGGUCAUUGCUAUCAUUUUGAAGCCUCAUCAAAGAUGAAUUGGCCAAAGGCAUCAUUAGCUUGUUUGCAACUAGAUGCCUCUCUGGUUUCAGUAAUGGAUUCAGCUGAAGCAAACUUUCUAACAGAAUUUACAGAAAAUCUUGAAAGCAAAUCCCAAGCAUUUUGGAUAGGAAUGUUCAAAAACUUAAAUGGUGAUUGGUUAUGGCUUGACAAUGCUGCUGUGAACUUUGUCAACUGGAACACCGAAGAACGUUCAAGUCAGAAUGAUGAACACUGUGUACAAAUGUUUGCUUCAAAUGGGGUUUGGAAUAAUGUUUAUUGCAAUUCAUAUCAGGGAUAUAUUUGUAAAAAACCAAAAAUUGUUGAAACAGUACCUACUAAGAAGUUAUUAGAAAACAAAGAAUCAAGAAAGACAGAUGUCAUUCCUUCACCAACCCACAACAAAACUAUCAUUGUGGUGGUGCUAGUGAUCCUCAUUGUUUCCGGAGCUGCUCUCACAAGUUUCUAUUUUUAUAAGAAAAGGAAUCAGCAUGGCUUGAUAGAGAGCAAUUUUGAGAAUUCUUUUUAUUUUACUGGUGGAGCUUCUCCAACAACUAGCGAUGGAAUAGAUCUGGUCAUGAACAUGGAGAAGAAUGAACAGGCAACCAAUUAGUCUGGCAACAAUCUAAACUGUCUCUUGUUUAAUAAACACUGAGUUCUGAAAGCACACUAUCACAUUCUAAUUGUGAAAUUGACAAAAUAACUACAAUGAUCAUAUCUGUUUCAGCAUUUUUGCUACAUAUUAUACAGACACUAAGUAAUGCAGCUGCUUUGCAUUCAAAGUAACAAUACUACCAAGAGCUAAAUUGUUGGAUAACAAGAGGCAACAUGCAACAUUUAAGUGAAGAUCUAUUCUCAAAUUCAUACUGCAGUUGGAGGAAAAUAUUGCAACCGCUAAAUUUGAUGGUAUUUCUGGUACCGGGGGGAGAGUGGAGGGGGAGAGGAAAGAACAACAGAACUACAUUACUGAGUCAGUAAGCUAUAUUCUAAUGCUGAAUUCGUGAAACAAAAAUAAUGGAAUAAUUUACGUGAACUUGAAGGGCCUAAUAAAUAAGAGAUAUGAAAAAGUGUCUUGUCUGGAGAAGUAUUGUAGUUGGUUCCUUCUAUUCGCAUCACUAAAUUUGCCUUUGUCUAAAUUAUUCACAGGAUUACAUUAUUUGAUUAUUGGAUAGCAAGAUUUAAAUUCAAUAAAUGAGUACAUAGCAAAUUUUGAUAUAUUCCCUAUUGGGAAAGCAGAUCUAAGAUUCUACUGAAAUAUUUAAUUGCUUUAUUGUAUGUGCUGUGCUUCUUAAAUCAGUAGCAAAUUUGCAAAUGCAAAUGUAUCUAAUAUAUAUUUCUGUAACAUCAUAUGCUCAAAUUGUUAUUCAACAAGAAGCCUGCAAAUUGCAUACCAAAGUAUUGGCCUUAUAUUAGUAUUACAGGAAGAAUUUCAGAUUAGAUUCAUAUAGUCAACUGGUAGAAUUGGUAAGGAUCCCAAGGAACCAGAGGAUCAUCUAAUCUUACCCUUUGUCCUACACAGGAAAAUCAAUUAGACCAAUCUGAAGAGGUUAAAAUAUCUUCUUAAAAACCUCCAGAGAUGGAAAACCAACAACAACCUUUAACUUUCCAUUGGAACAUCACAAAGUUUUAAUUUCCAUGAACAUUAUUUCUGGUUCUAGUUUUGGGGCAGUGCAAAAUAGUUUGUGACUAUCUUCUCUGUAUGCUGGUCAG